UCAAAGAGUUAGUAAUGUUUGGUCAAAUUAAUAAAAACGGAAACUGAGAAAUUGAAGUGCAUAGGCAGUUAAGAAAAGUAGAACUGAGUAGGAUAGGCAUAAAGCGCCAAAGCGAUGAUGAGCUUUGUUGCAGCCGGCAGCCAGUGCUUCUGCUCCUCAUCCCUUGCCUUGGGUCCCCGUCCAACUUCAGCCUCAAGGCCAAAGACAAGAAGAGCAAGGGAAGCUCGAGCAGCUGUAGUGGAAGCGAGACCACCACCAGCUCCAGCUCGAGUGAUUCGUCCUGCAGUGCGAGAUGCAAAUUUAAUAGUGGGAGGUGAUCGAACGGAAGACCUGCAGGCGGAGGCAAGAGCCAUGGCCCGUGCCGUCAACGCGUCCGUCUAUAGCCCCGAGGUUCUGGCCGUUCAAUACGGCUCUAGGCCAAUCAAGGUGUUGCGAAGAACUCUUGAGAUAUUGACAGGAUUGGGUUCAUUUGGGUUGAAACUAUUGCUGGACAAAAGGAAUGGCGUGUUCGAUCAGAAGAAGGGUAUACGAGCAGCCGAACUCCGGAGAAUUUUCACCCGGUUGGGCCCUACUUUUGUUAAAUUAGGGCAGGGGUUGUCUACCAGGCCCGACAUAUGCCCCCCUGAGUAUUUAGAGGAGCUCGCUGAGCUUCAGGAUGCUUUGCCUACAUUCCCAGACGCUGAAGCAUUUUCGUGCAUUGAGAGAGAAUUGGGUCUCCCACUCGACUCGAUUUUUUCAUCCAUUUCUCCUUCUCCAAUUGCAGCUGCCAGUUUAGGCCAAGUUUACAAAGCUCAACUUACUUAUUCUGGACAGACUGUUGCUGUCAAGGUGCAACGCCCUGGUAUCGAAGAAGCUAUUGGACUUGACUUUUACCUCAUUAGAGGACUCGGCUUUUUCAUCAACAAAUAUGUAGACAUUAUUACCAGUGAUGUUGUUGCUCUCAUUGACGAAUUCGCACGCAGAGUUUAUCAAGAGCUCAAUUAUGUGCAGGAGGGGCAGAAUGCAAGGAGGUUUAAGAAAUUGUAUGCUGACAGGGAAGACAUCCUUGUUCCAGAUAUCUUCUGGGAUUAUACAAGUGGCAAGGUGUUGACAAUGGAUUGGGUUGAUGGAGUCAAAUUAAAUGAACAAGAUGCUAUUGAGAGACAAGGUUUAAAGGUUCUCGAUCUAGUCAACACAGGUAUACAAUGCAGCCUCAGACAGCUACUUGAGUAUGGAUACUUUCAUGCAGAUCCUCACCCUGGCAAUCUCCUGGCAACACCCGAGGGAAAGCUUGCUUUUCUUGAUUUUGGAAUGAUGAGUGAGACCCCAGAAGAAGCAAGAUUUGCGAUAAUUGGUCAUGUGGUUCACAUGGUUAAUAGGGAUUACGAAGCCAUGGCCCGUGAUUACUAUGCUCUAGAUUUCUUGUCACGGGAUGUAGAUGUGUCUCCAAUUGUUCCAGCACUGCGUAACUUCUUUGAUGACGCACUCAAUUACACUGUGAGCGAACUAAACUUCAAAACUCUAGUGAAUGGUCUGGGUGCUGUUUUUUAUCAGUAUCCGUUUAAUGUUCCAGCUUAUUAUGCUUUGAUAUUGAGGUCACUCACUGUACUUGAAGGCCUAGCCCUUUAUGCUGAUCCUAAUUUCAAGGUUCUGGCUGCUUCGUAUCCAUAUUUUGCUAAAAGGCUUCUCACUGAUCCAAAUCCAUACCUUAGAGAUGCUCUUAUUGAGUUGCUCUUUAAGGAUGGUAGGUUUAGGUGGAAUAGACUUGAAAACCUACUUGUCCAGGGAAGUAAAGAUAGGGACUUCUCUGCAAAUGAUGCCUUACAACCUGUUUUGAAGCUAUUAUUGGGCCCAGAUGGCGAACAGCUCCAAAUUUUAGUUAUUAAGGAGGCUGUCCGUGUCACUGAAGCUGUAGUGAUCGGUACAGUAGUUGAUACGUACAAUUCUAUCCCAAAUGUUGUGAGGGCUUUAAUCUUUAAUGCCAAUGUAGCUGGACCUCUUACAGUGAGUGAUUCUGAAAUUGAUAGCAUGAUGGCGCUUCGGGACCAGGUUUUCAGGAUAUGGGGGCUUCUGCGAUCCUCUCAAGAUUUUGAUCCGGCCCUUUUGCAACCUAUAUUACAGGUGCUUCAACAGCCUGAGGCACGCAGCCUCGGGGAGCGUGUUAUAGGUGGCAUCACACAACGGCUUGCAGCACGAUUAUUACAACAAGUUCUUCGAGCUCCGACCACAGUUUCUACUUCCAUUUCAUAAAUUGUUUCUAACAAUUGGGGAUCAUUUGAAAUGAGUAUGCAAAAGGAGAAAAGCCUGUAUUCGUCACCACUUGUAAACUCCUCAAAGAGGGCCCUUGGAUAUUCAUGCAAGUGACUGAUAAUACAUUAAUACAGCAAUAGAAAUGGACCAUUUGCAUUCAACAAACAAA